AUGACGACAUUCGAGGGCAGCUUCUACCUGCUGUGUGCCCUGGGAGACGGAGCACUUUUCUACUUCGGCCUGGACCUGACGACAGGUCAGGCUGCUGGAGCAAUACAUUGUGUUGUUGCCUUUUGAUUGAGUCACAUUUGAAUAAACAUUCCAGACAGUUAACUGCACCAUCAUGUAAUUCAUUGAUAGAACAAAUUAGGUUAAGAAAUGUCAAAUAGGAAGCUGUUAAUAGGCCUGUUCAUUGUUUCUUAAAAGCUGCAGUUCGAUUCUGUUUCAGAAUUCUGAAAAUGUAUUGGAAAAUGUAAAGAAAAUUUCAAACUCUUCAUUGGAAAUUCACUGAGUGUACAAAACAUUAGGAACACCUUCCUAAUAUUUAGUUGCUCCCCCUUUUGCCCUCAAAACAGCCUCAAUUUGUCAGGGCAUGGACUCUACAAGGUGUCAAGCGUUCCACAGGGAUGCUGGCCCAUGUUGACGCCAAUGCUUUCCACAGUUGUGUUAAGUUGGCUGGAUGUCCUUUGGGUGGUGGACCAUUCUUGAUACACACGGGAAACUGUUGAGAGUGAAAAACCCAGCAGUGUUGCAGUUCUUCACACACUCAAACCGGUGCGCCUGGCACCUACUACCAUACCCUGUUCAAAGGCACUUCAAUAUUUUCUCUCCCAUUCACCCUCUGAAAGGCACACAUACACAAUCCAUGUCUCAAGACUUAAACAUCCUUCUUUAACCUAUUUCCUCCCCUUAAUCUACACUGAUUGAAGUGGAUUUAAUAGGUGACAUCAAUAAGGGAUCAUAGCUUUCACCUGGAUUCAACUGGUCAGUGUAUGUCAUGGGAAGAGCAUGUGUUCCUAAGGUUAUUGACACUCAGUGUAUAUUGAAAAUGGAGAUGGUUUGGAAUUGGAAUUGCAACUUAUCUCCUGAAUAGACUGAAUUGAAAGUGCACUUAACCCUGGCAGGUUGGCAAACGUAUUGUUAAAUCGUUGACAUUGACCCUGUUGUGUUGCCACCAGGCGUGCUGAGCGAGCGUAAGAAGGUGACCCUGGGCACCCAGCCCACAGUGCUGAGGACCUUCCGCUCCCUGUCCACCUCCAACGUGUUUGCCUGCUCCGACCGGCCCACCGUCAUCUACUCCUCCAACCACAAGCUGGUCUUCUCCAAUGUCAACCUCAAGGAGGUCAACUACAUGUGCCCGCUCAACUCCGAGGGCUACCCCGACAGGUUAGUCAGUCACGCGUAGGGCUGUUACGGUGACCGUAUUACCGCCACACCGGCGGUCACGAGUCAUGAUGGCAGUCAAAUUCUACAUGACCGUUUAGUCACGGUAAUUAGGCUUCUCCAAGCUCUGAUGCUGUUGAUGGUCAUUAGUAGCCUACCAAACUUGCUAACUGCCUGGUACUCAGCACUCUAUUGUCCCUCUAAUCACUCUGACAUCAAUGGAAAUGUAAUCGAAAAUCUAAUCAAACACUUUAUGAGAGCCCAUGAGCUCAUGUUGCGCAACAUUUCUAUAGGCUAUGCAAUUGCGUGAGAAAACAGAGUGAUGGCCUCUAUUAAAAAGAGGAGGAUCCCAUCAGCUUUCUAUAGGCUCGGCCUACUAUAUUUAUUUCUCAACUUUCCUAAUAUUAAGCAUAUUGCUUCUCUUUACACGAGGCUACACACCUCAUGUAGCCUAGCGCAUAGGCCUAUAUGUUUUGAGAAGGUUUGUAUCACAACUAAAGUGACCAAAUAACACCUUAAAAUGAAGCACAUUAAACCACUUUACAGCGGGUGUAGAGCCAAACUGGCAUACAUACGCAGCGCGUGAGUUUCAAGUUUGGGGAAGAUAAUUUUCACCAUAUAAAUGAAUCUUUAUAAUAAAAGCAUAACAUGCAUAAUCGCAUGUGCGGUCACUUUUGAGAAUGGUGUUGUCCUGCCAAUGGAACAUUCGCGCUUCUAGCCUACUUCCGGGUGCGCAUUGCUGUGCUUAUAUUGUGAAGAAAUAGCCUAAUAGUUUAUCAACAUUUUAAGCUAAAUGUUCUGAUCUGUUGCAUCAGGCUCAUUGCUUAAAACUGUUUUUUUGAUGCUAGUGGUUGUAUUAAUGUGGGAUCUAUCGCAUCCCACAACUGUCCCAGACUGUUUGGAAUAUUAAUUUCUCGCUCUAGGGCUGACACCAAUUAGUCGACUGGUCGAUUGGUUGGUCGUUAGGCUGUUGGUUGACCGAGAUUGUUUUAGUUGAGCAGUAACCAAUAUAUAUAUAUAUCAGCUUUGCAUACUCUUGGCAUUCUCUCAACCAGCUUCAUGAGGUAGUCACCUGGAAUCCAUUUCAAUUAACAGGUGUGCCUUGUUAAAAGUUAAUUUGUGGAAUUUAUUUCCUUAAUGUGUUUGAGCCAAUCAGUUGUGUUGUGACAAGGUUAGGGGCGUUAUACAGAAGAUCGCCCAUUUUCAAUAGGAUUGAGGUCAGGGCUUUGUGAUGGCCAUUCCAAUACCUUGACUUUGUUGUCCUUAAGCCAUUUUGCCACAACUUUGGAAGUAUGCUUGGGGUCAUUGUCCAUUUGGAAGACCCAUUUGCGACCAAGCUUUAACUUCCUGACUGAUGUCUUGAGAUGUUGCUUCAAGAUAUACACAUAAUUUUCCUUCCUCAUGAUGUCAUCUAUUUUGUGAAUUUCACCAUUCCCUCCUGCAGCAAAACACCCCCACAGCAAGAUGCUGCCACCCCCAUGCUUCAUGGUUGGGAUGGUGUUCUUCGGCUUGCAAGCCUUCAGCAAAACUAUGAAAUAGUACGAUCUUUGUCCCCAUGUGCAGUUGCAAAGUAAUCUGGCUUUUAUAUGGCGGUUUUGGAGCAGUGGUCUUCUAUCUUGCUGAGCGGCCUUUCAGGUUAUGUCGAUAUAGGACUCGUUUUACUCUGGAUAUAUAUACUUUUGUACCCGUUUCCUCCAGCAUUUUCACAAGGUCCUUUGCUGUUCUGGGAUUGAUUUGAACUUUUCGCACCAAAGUACGUUCAUCUCUAGACAGAACGCGUCUCCUUCCUGAGCGGAAUGUAGGCUGCGUUGGUCCCAUGGUGUUUAUACUUGCGUACUAUUGUUUGUACAGAUGAACGUGGUACCUUCAGGCGUUUGGGAAUUGCUCCUAAGGAUGAACCAGACUUGUGGAGGUCUACCAUUUUUUUUCUGAGGCCUUGGCUGAUUUCUUUUGAUUUUCACAUGAUGUCAAGCAAAGAGGCACUGAGUUUGAAGGUAGGCCUUAAAAUACAUCCACAGGUACACCUCCAAUUGACUCAAAUGAUGUCAAUUAGCCUAUCAGAGGCUUCUAAAGCCAUGACAUCAUUUUCUGGAAUUUUCCAAGCUGCUUAAAGGCACAGUCAAUUUAGUGUAUGUACAUUUCUGACCCACUGGAAUUGUGAUACAGUGAAUUAUAAGUGAAAUAAUCUGUCUGUAAACAAUUGUUGGAAAAAUUACUUGUCAUGCACAAAGUAGAUGUCCUAACUGACUUGCCAAAACUAUAGUUUGUUAACAAGAAAUUUGUGGAGUGGUUGAAAAACUAGUUUUAAUGACUCCAACCUAAAUGUAUGUAAACUUCCGACUUCAACUGUAUAUAUAAAUAAAUGUGCGCCCGUCUCAGUGAACUAAGACUAAAGGCCUAGACUAAAAGCCAUUUUAUGCUUGAUCUGAAAAUGUUGUCAGAGGCUCCAUAUGGAGGGUGUGACGCAAAUGCAGAGCCUCCGGAGGCAUGCAGUGGCCAAAUCAAGCUCCGUACCACAUCGCCCUGCGCUUCCCAAAUUGUGUAACUAUGCGGAGGGCUCUGUAUAGCUCCGCAUUGACAUGAUUGGUUGAUGGUAGGUGGGGGCAGUACAUCCUGUAUAAACACAAACUCACUUCCUUGACAAAAGCUCUGCACUACUCUGUGAAGCAUAAGAAGUAUGAAUGCCAUGACUUCUGCUGAGGCCAUAUCACCGUAAAUGCUGCAUGGCCAAUGCAGACGUGGGAUUGACCAUGGCCCAGAUGCACAAUGCCCUUCUCUCUCCAGAGUGCGCUCUUAACCGGCAAUUUGUGCACAUUCAUUGUCUCAUAACUUCAUUGUGUGAAUUGUUUGCUUUGAUUGUUUUUUUUUAGGGGGUAGAUCAGCUUUAAUACUGCAGAUAGAUUGUAACUUACAUCAAUGUAAUUGUCUGCAUCACUUCCAAUCCCCCAUAUGUCUUUUUUUUUGCAUAUAUAUAUAUAUAUACAUACAAACACAUUGAUUGUUAGUGUAGGUCAAUUCCCCAUUACAUAUACAGAGCAUUCAGAAAGUAUUUAGACCCCUUCCCUUUUUCCACAUUUUGUUACGAUACAGCCUUAUUCUAAAAUGGAUUAAAUAUUUUUUUCCCUCAAUCUACACACACUAUCCCAUAAUAACAAAGCGAAAACAGGUUUUUAGAAAUUUUUGCAAAUGUAUUCAAAAUAAAAAACAGAUACCUUAUUUACAUAAGUAUUCAGACCCUUUGCUAUGAGACUCGAAAUUGAGCUGAGGUGCAUCCUGUUUCCAUUGAUCAUCCUUGAAAUGUUUCUACAACUUGAUUGGGGUCCACUUGUGGUAAAUUCAAUUGAUUGGACAUGAUUUGUAAAGGCACACACCUGUCUAUAUAAGGUCCCACAGUUGACCGUGCAUGUCAGAGCAAAAACCAAGCCAUGAGGUCGAAGGAAUUGUCCGUAGAGCUCCGAGACAGGAUUGUGUCGAGGCAUAGAUUUGGGGAAGGGUACCAAAAAAUGUCUGCAGCAUUGAAGGUCCCCAAGAACACAGUGGCCUCCAUCAUUCUUAAAUGGAAGACGUUUGGAAUCACCAAGACUCUUCCUAGAGCUGGCAGCCUGGCCAGACUGAGCAAUGGGGAAGAAGGGCCUUGGUCAGGGAGGUGACGAAGAACCCAAUGGUAACUCUGACAGAGUUCCUCUGUGGAGAUGGGAGAACCUUCCAGAAGGACAACCAUCUCUGCAGCACUCCACCAAUCAGGCCUUUAUGGUGGAGUGGCCAGACGGAAGCCACUCCUCAGUAAAAGGCACAUGACAGCCCGCUUGGAGUUUGCCAAAAGGCACCUAAAGGACUCUGACCAUGAGAAACAAGAUUCUCUGGUCUGAUGAAACCAAGAUUGAACUCUGUGGCCUGAAUGCCAAGCGUCACGUCAGGAGGAAAUCUGGCACCUUUCCUACGGUGAAGCAUAGUGGUGGCAGCAUCAUGCUGUGGGGAUGUUUUUCAGCGGCAGGGACUGGGAGACUAGUCAGGAUCGAGGGAAAUAUGAACAGCGCAAAGUACAGAGAGAUCCUUGAUGAAAACCCGCUCCAGAGCGCUCAGGACCUCAGACCCUAAGCACACAGCCAAGACAACGCAGGAAUGACUUCGGGACAAGUCUAUGAAUGUCCUUGAGUGGCCCAGCCAGAGCCCAGACUUGAACCCGAUAGAACAUCUCUGGAGAGACCUGAAAAUAGCUGUGCAGAGCUUGAGAGGAUCUGCUGAGAGGAAUGGGAGAAGCUCCCCAAAUACAGGUGUGCCAAGCUUGUAGAGUCAUACCCAAGAAGACUAGAGGCUGUAAUCACUGCCAAAGGUGCUUCAACAAAGUACUGAGUAAAGGGUCUGAAUACUUAUGUAUUGUGUGUAGAUUGAUGGGGGGGGGGGGGACUAUUUAGUCCAUUAUAGAAUAAGGCUAUAACGUAACAGAAUGUGGAAAAAGUCAAAGGGUUUGAAUAAUUUCCGAAUGCACUGUAUCACCAGUAGUAAAUCUACCGUUAAUUCCUAUAAUUUCAAAUCUACUAUGUUGUUACAUUGGUUACAGUCAUUUUAUUUUAAUGCAUUAAAUAUUAUUAUUUCAGUCUUCCCGUUAUCAUUGUCGGAGUGGACACAUUGUUAGCUGAGUGCACAACCUACGCUACACUUGUGAGAAACCAGUUUAGAUUUAUUUCAUUCCAGUUACGAUUUUAGUCAAUUUAGUCAUUGUCUUUUGUUUGGAGCGCUCCUGUCAAUGUUGAGUAAGGACGCGCAGGCAUAGAGGUAGGCCUAUAGGCUGCCUGGCCUGUAUGCAAAUGUAGGCAUAUAAAUGUGCCCAUUUGGGGAUCUGAUAGUAUUUCUGAUUGGCUUAACGCACCACCACUAAUGCCCUGUGGAGCUUCUCAAAGUAAUGUUUUCUUCACCUGAAACAGCAAGCAAAGUAUUUUUUUUACAUCCAUUGAGAAUUCCAAUAGUUCCUCAAUGUAUUUGUAAAAUCUUUCCAGCUCUCUCCCUUUCAAUAACCACUCAGCGUGAAAGGGUAAAAUGUCAUGCUCUGAUCCAGUGGAAACAUCAUAAAAUAGGCCUACCUGAUAACUUCUUAUCAGUGCUAGACUUGGACUAAAAAAGGAUCCAGUACUCAUUUUGGGUGCUGGUACUGUUUUAUAUUUAGGUGCAGGAGCUCCACAAUACCUUUGAGCUAAUAUUCUAAAAGAGGAACAGGAGCUCAAGCAGUAGAGAAUUUGAGGUGCUUGUACUCUACUCCGGUGAGCUCCUGCCCAAGUCAAGCACUACCGUACUUCUUAUCCCUUGCGCAAAUAGCCUAAAGCUGUGUCUGUCCCGAGCUCACUGGCGUGGGUAACUCUUGAGGGCCCAGAAUAUUUUAUAUAAUGUUGCAAGUUGGCUAGCACAAGCUUCGGGCUGGACCCAGUUAAUAGUUGAUACAAUGUUUUAAGUUUGUUGCAGACAGGCCAUGUGUAGCCAAUGGGAUAUAUAGGAUAUUUAUUUUUACCAGAAUAUUUUCUACCUGCAGGCUGCAAUGUUUGUAUUGGUUGGCUUUAUGUAGGCUAUUUUUACGUAGUUGGCAAUAGAAGUUACUUUUUAGGUUUGUAUCUUUUUCAUUUGGAUUGAAUUUUGAUUAACCACAUGACAAUGAUUUUGAGAUAUGAAGACGUUUUUAUGAAAAUGUGCAUAUGAAAACCAUAACUGGCACGCAGAUCGGUAGAAAUUGUAAGAUAAAUGUCUGCUAAAUGAACUAGUGUAGCCCACAGCCAUAUGGCGUAGCCAGAUCAGGGCCUAACAUAAGGACAACUCAGAGUAUGCUAUUAUGUUGUUCUUAAGUAGACUAACAUUUUCUUCAUAUCAUGUUUCUUUAGACCUGUCUAAAAUAAAUAAUGGAUUUGUUGUGAUGGUGUAAGCUAUAUUACAUGGAUUUAUUAGACUUUUUAAAUGUAGAUGCUCCAAAGGUCUGCAUCAGUGGCUUGUAGGCUAUGCGUGGAAGCCAGGAGAUGCUUAAUGUGUUUAUGUUAAUUAACGGUCAAUUACCAUGAGACCGGCAGUUAUUUGCCUGACAAUCACUGGCUGGCAAAACUUAAUAACCGCCACAGCCAUAGGCACGUGCGUCUCAAUAGUCUAAAGUGGCUUCCUUCCUGUGUUUUUAGAGCAGCGCAAAUGGUGGCGAGGAGACUGAGACCGUUGUGUUUUAUUUUUCUCAUUCAAGGAAUCUAAGAAAAUAAUCGGAAUGAUUACAAAGCUAGAAGUAAUAUGUAACUUAUCUGUUGUUGUUGGUGUGUGGUAGUAACCUGUCUGUGUCUUUGGCAGUCUGGCUCUGGCCAACAACAGCACUCUCACCAUCGGCACCAUCGACGAGAUCCAAAAGCUCCACAUUCGCACGGUUCCCCUCUACGAGUCUCCCAGGUAAGAGGGAGCAACACCAGUAGAAAUAGUUACACAAAGUAGAAGUAUAUCUUUGCAAUGGAUUUACCUUCAGUUAAAUCAAGAGCAAAACAUUUGUCUUUCUUUUGGGACACUUUUUCUCUUGAUCUCGCUCCCUCUCUCACUUACUCGCUCCCCCUUUCUAUCUCUCCACUUUAUUCUCCCUGCUCUCUCCCCCUCCCUCUCUCAGGAGGAUCUGUUACCAGGAGGUGUCUCAGUGUUUCGGGGUGCUGUCUAGCCGCGUGGAGAUGCAAGAUGCCAGCGGGACCACGGCAGCAGUGCGCCCCAGUGCUAGCACUCAGGUAGCUGCACACCAUCUGGUGUUUCAAUGUACCACUGCCAAGAUCUCCUAUUCUGGGCCCGUAUUCAUACAUCUUCUCAGAGUAGGAGUGCUGAUCAAGGCCUUUCGAAUAUGGGCCCUGAGCCUUGUUUCCCACAUUCAACGUUUUUCAUGAUGCAUCGUGACUUAAGUGCAACUGCGUGUUUUGUAGAAUAACAGUCUGGAAAUAUCUGUAAACUUCGCUCUAUAUGAACUAAAGCAUCAGCAUUCAGAGAGAGUUACUGCAUUCUAUUUAGCAGUGUUAGUGCAAUGAUGUGUUUUUGGGCAAAAUGCCUUGAAUGCUAGUGAUGCACAUCGCUUGGCUGACAAGCUGUCCAGAUUACUUAGUUUAGAUUUAUUGCACAUAAUGAUUAAAAAUAAGAAAGGAGAAAAAAAUAUGAUUUACAAGACUUGUAGGUGAGGAAGAGAACCUACUCCCUUUUUCCCUAGCCUUGUGGGUGUGCAUAGUCUGGGGUUUUCAUAUUUUCCCACUUUCUCUGCCUUUCGUAUCUCCUCUCUUUUUACCUCUCCCCAGGCUCUGUCUAGCAGUGUGAGCUCCAGUAAGCUGUUCCCCAGCAGCACCUCCCCACACGAGACCUCCUUCGGGGAGGAGGUGGAGGUGCACAGCCUCCUGGUGGUCGACCAACACACCUUCGAAGGUAAGUUAGUUCCCCCUAAAAACCGUCUUGAUUAAAGACAACAUUUGUAAAUUUGAAGUGAAUUAAUUUGAUCUGUUACUGGUGAUUGGUGAGCUGGUGAUUGUACGCUUGAGGAGUACACACAAUUCUCACCUUUUUGUGGUGAUUUGUCCUCAAUAGUGGGAUUUUUACAUGUGUGUUCAUCCUCCCAGUGCUCCACGCCCACCAGUUCCUCCAGAGUGAGUACGCCCUCAGCAUGGUAUCCUGCCGCCUGGGCAGGGACCCCUCAGUCUACUUUAUCGUCGGCACAGCGAUGGUCUACCCAGAGGAGGCGGAGCCCAAGCAAGGCCGCAUCAUCGUCUUCCACUACACUGACGGUUAGGAUUAACUUUUUCUCUCUAUCUUUCUUUCAUUCUCAUUGUUCUCACUCACUCUUUCCCAUCUUUCUUCUCCUGUCGUUCUCUUUCACCCCCCCUCUUGCAAUCCACCAAUUUUUUUACACACUCUCUUACACUUCCUUCUACAGUCUCUUCUUACAUUUACAUUUUACUAAUUUAGCAGACGCUCUUAUCCAGAGCGACUUACAGUUAGUGAGCGCAUACAUUUUUCAUACUGGCCCCCCGUGGGAAUCGAACCCACAACCCUGGCGUUGCAAGCGCCAUGCUCUACCAACUGAGCUACAGGAGCCCCUCGUCUUUUUCUCUCACUCAUUCUCACUCACCUUUUCCUCACUCGUUCCAUGCCUCUUCCUCCCUUGAUAGUGCCUGAUAGCACCUUCCUAUCGAUAAUCAUCUCAGUCAUUAAGAUAGAUGACUCCGAGUGAACAAAUGCUGUAAAUACUGUAUCAGAGCGCUAUAACACUAGCCUGAAAACCAAACUGAUAUGCUGCAUUUAACCAUUUUGUUGUUUUUUUUAUCCUGGAAUCCAAACCAUUAUGCUCAGUUUCAACAUUCUUUCACGGUGAAAGAAAUGGUUAAACAAAACAUAGCAGUUUGGAUUUCAGGCUACUGUUACACCAACCCUGACCCAGACUGUUAUUUCUCUUCAUCUGUGUAGGUAAGCUGCAGACGGUGGCAGAGAAGGAGGUUAAGGGAGCCGUCUACUCCAUGGUGGAGUUCAAUGGCAAACUGCUGGCCAGCAUCAACAGCACAGUGAGUAUUUCACUUUUGAUGGUUUGAAAGUAGAAGUUUUUAAAGCCAGCUCCUAUUUUACAGGUUAUAGUUGUAGAUACUCACAUGUAGGGACAUUUUUCCAUCCACUAAAAUUAAAACUUUCACUUUGUCUCUCAUUGCCAUUAAUGCAUCACUAAGUGAAUAUUUGAUUUAUGUGAAAGUUAGGAUUCGCCCCAUGUUACUUGGCAUAAAAAACAAAGAAGAUUAAGGAGACAUUCCGCAGAUGUUUUAUUUCUCUCUUGGUGUUGCUGCCUUGUCAAAUUCAGUGCUUCCUCAACAAUGGACCGUACUAGCCAUAAUGGCUGCCACAGUGAAACUGUAGUUAUGGGACCCACAACCAUACGGAAUGGGUGUUAGGGAUAAACUUGAAUUACAGAGAAUUUAGUUAAUUUAAGUCUAUCCAGUAGUAUUCUUUGGAAUCUAAAGGAACAUUGAAGGGGGUAUUUCUUGUAAUUGUAUGAUAUACAUGUCUCCUACAAAAACAACCUUGGUGCUUUCGAGUCCUUGUUACUCUGAAACUACACUGCAGCGUCUAGACUGCUCCUCGACAAUUGUGUAUGUCAAUAUCAACGCAUCAUCAAUGUGCGCACGCCCCAGGUGCGUCUGUACGAGUGGACCGCUGAGAAGGAGCUGAGGACAGAGUGUAACCACUACAACAAUAUCAUGGCACUCUACCUAAAGACCAAAGGAGAUUUCAUCCUGGUGGGAGACCUGAUGAGGUCUGUGCUGCUGCUGGCCUAUAAACCCAUGGAGGGCAACUUUGAGGAGGUAAGGAAUGAUACUAAGAGAGGCCCUGCCAGUGUCCCAAUUCCUCCACCCUUUCCCCUAAGAGGAUGGGGGAUGUGCUCAAUGCCACACUUCAAGGAGGAGGGUGUAGAAUUGGAACACAGACUAGCUUUAUAAGGUCUAAAUUAUGAUUUAUUUUGGUUUUGCUCAUGUACAGAUUUUUUCAUCGUGGGCGGUUCCUCCUUGGAAUACAGCAUUCUCCAAAAUAUAGAUUUGAAUGCUUUUAUUUUGUCGUACUCAUUUCUCAUGGGCUAUAUCAAGGAGGAUUCAACACCAAACACUUGCAAUGAAUAAGAACUUGAGUUAUGAGUUAGAACCAUUGUUUGGUGGAUGAAUAAAGUUUAUUGAAUGGAAUUGAAUUGAGCCACUGGUGAUACGACUGCUUUUCUACUGUCACUCUUCUCAGAUCGCCCGUGACUUCAAUCCCAACUGGAUGAGUGCUGUGGAGAUCUUGGACGAUGACAACUUCCUGGGGGCGGAGAAUGCCUUCAACCUCUUUGUGUGUCAAAAAGACAGGUGAGGUGGAAUCCUCUCUCCUCGCCUCAGAAGGAAGAGACCUCUAAUACGGUUUAGGAGGCGAAGAAAUAGUAUGCGUAGAAUCGCAGAAAGACUCAUUGAGAUGGAGGCCGACCUUGACAUGUCCUCACACGCUCACCGCCGUCCUCCAUAAGCCGUCGAGUUAAUCAUCCAUGAUCACUGAAUUCCAUUGAGCUUUAUCUUUCUCUCACAUGUUUGUGGAUGCCACCGUUUCUCUCUGUCUUCUCUCCCUCGUCCUUCCUCCUGUGCUCUUUCGCUUUCAGUCAUCAAAUUUGUAUUCUGUUUAUCAAUAUACCUUUCUUAUUUCUUACUCAUUACCUCUCAUCUACAUCUAUUGCUUUUCCCAUAUAUAUUUUUCUUCCUGCCUCUGUAUCCUUCGCUUUAUCUCUGACACUUUCACUCAAUUAAAUUCAGUUAAAUGUAGCUUUUUAAGAAUGAAAUAAAUGGGUACACAUUGCCAAAGCAUGAAAUAAUUAGGACCAAAAUAGAAGUUGAGCUCUCUCCCCCUCUCUCUCCCUCGGCAGUGCGGCCACGACAGAUGAGGAGCGACAACACCUGCAGGAGGUGGGCGUGUUCCACCUGGGGGAGUUUGUCAACGUCUUCUCCCAUGGGUCACUGGUGCUGCAGAACCUGGGCGAGAGCUCCACCCCCACGCAGGGCUCCGUGCUCUUCGGCACCGUCAACGGCAUGAUCGGUAAUGGCCCCCACUGCCACACGCCGGGGUGUAUUCACUAGAAACCAAAUGGAAGCAAACAGGGCGAAAAAGGAAGGGCCUAACCUGAAUUUGUCCAAUAAGCAAUGCUUGUUUUUUCGUUGCAAAACGUUUUGCUAUGGUUUGUUAGUUUGCAGUAAUGAAUACACCCCAAGGUCGUCUUCAUUCAGUAGAGCAUGCAGUAGCACAACAUUUUGUGACUGCAAGAGAGAGAUCUGUGUUCUUAUUGGACAUGUUUCUGUAGCAGCACUUGGGUUUCAAAAUGUUGUUUUUCUGGUGCCUACUGAAGCAGUACUGAUGCCGGUUUCAAGGUCCCAAAUGCCCUCGUGUCUUUUUUUUGGCUAUGUAAUGUUAGUGAAGCGGUCCGCUCUACAGAUUUUCCUCAACUUCAUAAGCACCCAUCUUAAGGAUGAGAGGUGGGAAGCAGUGGAGAGGGGACGAAAGUAACUUCUAAGUGACAUUACUUUCUCCAUUUCUUUCAUAGCUGUGGUAAUAAAGAAAGGGGAAUGAAGGCUUGGAGUGUUCACUGAAGUUCUGCAAUGACUAUUAUUUCACUGAGGCACCUUCACAAUUCUCCUGAAAGUUGUUUCACCUUCCCUCAGUCAGACAACCCACACUCAAAUUCCCUCUCAGCUUCCAUCUUUUCUCCUUCACUACUUAUGAGUGGCGAGCACCAGCGAGCGUACGGAUCUGCACACAUCAUCCAUUUCGGUUCUCCUUUUUCUUUUCUCCAAUAAAUGACAAGCCAUCUGUCUUGUGUCUCUAGGUCUGGUGACCUCUCUGUCCGAGGGCUGGUACAGCCUGCUGCUGGACCUGCAGAACCGACUCAACAAGGUCAUCAAGAGCGUGGGCAAGAUCGAGCACAGCUUAUAUCCUUUCCUUCUGGUGUGUGUGUUCACGUACGCGCACGUGGACAAAUACCUGCCCCUGUGUAUCACAUUGAAAGUGCCUUUUCAGAACCGGUGAGCGUCACUGUCACGGGUGGCAAAGCUUGGUACCACCUACCUUGACGUGCGCUGUCAGAAUGGUAAUGGUUGUCAUAACAUGCCUGUAAAUAAAUGAAUGAAUGAAAAGGUGCUGUGUUUUACCGUGUCAUGUGUGAAUGAAGCGACAGCCUGAAGUUGACAUGUAGCCGUGUGUGUGUGACACGACUGCCUGUCAUCCAUAUAAGAUGGGACAGUGCUUGAUUACAGGGGGAGUCACAGGGAAGAAUCAAUAGGGUUGUGAUGGUCAUGGAAUUUUGGAUAGCGGUAAUUGGCCAGCCAAAUGACUGCGGUCACUGUAAUAACCGUUCGAUUAGCCGCUCCUCCGCUCCUGACUGCAUGUGCUGCCAUAAAAAUAGAAUGAAUAGAACGGGCGUCCCAAUUCAAGUCAAUGAUUCUACAUUACCAUGGAAAUUAUUGCAUCACGAUACCAGGCAGUCCUGAGUGGCGCAGCGGUCAAAAGCACUGCAUCGCAGUGCUGAGGCGCCCAACAUCCUGGGGUUUGAUCCCAGGCUGUGUCACAGCCAGCCGUGACCGGGAGCCCCAUAGGACGGUGCACAAUUGGCUCAGAGCCGUCCGGGGUAAGGGGGGGAUUGGCCCGGGGGCUUUCCUUGGCUCAUCGCGCUCUAGUGACUCCUUGUGGCAGGGCCGGGCACAUGCAAGCUGACUUCGGUCAUCAGUCGAACAGUGUUUCCUCCGACACAUUGGUACAGCUGACUUCCGGUUUAAGCGAGCAGUGUGAUAAGUGGCGCGGCCAGGCAGGUCAUGUUUUGGAGGACGCAUGACUCAACAUUUUCCUCUCCUGAGCCCAAUGGGGAGUUGCAGCGAUGAGCCAAAGAUCGUAAUUCUGAGAGAAAAUUGGGUAAAGAAAAUACGCUUUUGGCCAUAACACCCGUGAACACACCUGAUCUUGGUAGCUAAGCGGGGUCGGGCCUGGUUAGUACUUGGAUGGCAGACCGCCUGGGAAUACCAGGUGCUGUAAGCUCAAAAAUAAAAUAAAACAAUACCAGGCAGCCAUUGCGUGUGUACCCAUCAGUUUACCAGUAAAAUUGCAAGGGUUAGAGGUUCCAAGCCCGUUCUAUUCACUUCUGUUCACUAUUUAUGUGCUGCUGCAGGGAGGGGGUGUUGCCUAAGCAACCGAAAGACUUGUUCACUACAACACCUUGCUUGUUUCAGCAAGGAACAACAAAGUUUCAUCAAGUUGUUAAGAGUCCAUGUUAACACAGAAACGGACUCAACCGCACAAAUUCCCGGCCGUCAGCUGUUCGAACCCCCCCCAAAAUGGUUAUAACGGGUAUUUUAUUUUCAAGACGGUCUUCAUCCAUAACCGUCGGUUUCACGGUUAUACAGUAAUUGUGCCAGCCUUAAGAAUCACAUAUUUGAGAAGCAGACUCUUAUAGUGGUCUAAAAUCACUUACGCUGUACUUUUGUUUUUAAGAAUAACUUAGUUUGAAGCAGAGCUUGAAUUGGUAUGAAAAAUGUGCCAGUUCUCAUUUUAGGGGCCGCUGCUCAUUUAAAUUAUUCAGUACAUGUACUCAUAUUUUAGAGUGAACAUUCUAUGAGUACUCAAACCAAAAAAAAUGCAGGUUCCGGUACUCAAAAGGACAGAGUUCCCUGUAAGAAGAGUGGCUUUGCUGUAGGGGUAUGUGUGUAGGUGUGUGUUUAUUUGUCUUCCUUGACUCUGUGGCACCUGGAGGUCCUUCCAUACGGAGCGUAAGACUGAGCAGGCCACGGGCUUCAUCGAUGGGGACCUCAUCGAGAGCUUCCUGGACCUGGGCCGCGCCAAGAUGCAGGAGGUGGUCAGCACACUACAGGUACGAACACACAUACACGCUCUCUCAAAAACACUUAGACAUACACACACGUACACGCUCUCACACAUAUACAUGCUCUCACACAGACACACACACUCAUUCACUCGCUCUCUCACACACACUAGCUCGCUCACACUUUUUGGAAUGCAGUGACACUUGAUGAUGGUACCACUCAGCUACAUGUGUCCCAUAGCUGUGCGGGUCAAUCCAAACUGCUGGGACAGUGAGCUGACGUAACACCCCCUUCUGCGUUUCAGAUUGACGACGGCAGCGGCAUGAAGCGCGAGGCCACCGUGGACGAGGUCAUAAAGAUUGUGGAGGAGCUGACAAGGAUCCACUAG